AUGUAUUCUAAUCAAUAUUUAUGGAGCUGGCAGUUCACAUGGAUUGUUUUAAAGACCCUACCCAGGGAUUUCAGGGGCCUGAUGUUUUUAAUCAAGAUGAAGCUAGACAUCAGUCAUUACAACAAAUCAAAUUUUACCAUUGGAAAAAUCUUCGAGAGUUUAGUCAAAAAACAUCCAGCAAAACCAUGUUUUAUUUGUGAAGACACAACAUGGACGUACCAAGAUGUUGACAACAUUACGAACCGUAUCGGAAACUAUUUUUACGAAGCCGGAUAUCGUAAAGGUGAUAUGGUGGCCUUGUUUAUGGAAAACCGUCCGGAAUAUGUGUGCAUAUGGUUAGGACUGUCGAAGAUUGGCGUGUCUGCUGCGUUAAUUAAUUUCAACCAACGUGACAUGGCAUUAGUUCAUUCUAUCAAUGUCAGUAACGCCAGGGCGGUGAUAUUCGGUGGAGAACUCUCUCAAGCAAUUAAAGAUGUGUUACCUCAGUUAUCUAAAACAAUUCAACUGUACCAUUCGGGACCUCUCAAUACCAAUGAUAUCACGCCAGUAGAUCUUGACGCAGCCUUAGUUCGUACUUCCUCCUUCCCUCCUCCCAAAGUUCAGCAAUCUUUCAAAGAUUGUUUAUUCUAUAUCUAUACAUCUGGUACAACAGGGUUACCCAAGGCAGCAGUGGUUUCUCAUACCAGAUAUUACUACAUGACGAUGGGUGUGAGAUUUUUCUUCAAAAUAACCGGUGAGGAUGUGUUAUAUGAUACCCUCCCUCUUUACCAUACAGCUGGGGGUAUACUGGGCACAGGGCAGGCAGUACUCGGAGGAACUACCCUCGUCAUCAGGAAGAAGUUCUCUGCCAGUCAGUUUUGGAACGAUUGUAUCAAAUAUAACUGCACUGUAGCACAGUAUAUAGGAGAAAUAUGUCGUUAUUUAUUGGCCCAGCCUGAGAAACAGACAGAUCUCCAUCAUAAAGUACGUCUAAUGUUCGGAAAUGGACUACGUCCUCAAAUCUGGCGAGAAUUCCAGGAACGAUUUGGUGUGGAAGUAAUGGGAGAAUUUUAUGGUGCUACAGAAGGCAAUUGUAAUAUAAUAAAUUUUGAGAAUAAGGUAGGAGCUGUAGGAUUUUUAACUCGUAUUUUACCAUUCCUGUAUCCUGUUACAUUAAUCAGAGUUAAUGAACAAACUGGAGAACCUCUCAGAGAUAGAAAUGGUCUAUGUAUAUUCGCUAAACCAGGAGAGGCCGGAGAAUUGGUAGGUAAAAUAGUAAAAGGCAAUCCCCUACGAGAAUUUGAUGGCUACGCAAAUAAAUCAGCCUCACAGAAAAAAAUAGUUUAUGAUGUUUACAGGAGAGGAGACAGUGGCUUUCUGACAGGUGAUGUCUUGUCUAUGGAUCAAUAUGGUUACAUGUAUUUCCGAGACAGGACAGGUGAUACAUUCCGUUGGAGGGGUGAAAACGUGUCCACGUCUGAAGUUGAAGCUGUGAUACAUAAUAUAGUCAAAUUACAAGAUGCUGUCUGCUACGGAGUAGAAAUACCAGGAAUAGAGGGUAGAGCAGGAAUGGCAGCCAUUGUAGAUGAGAAUAAUACGGUAGAUGUAAAUGUUAUAGCUGAAGGAUUAAAACGAUCUCUACCACCGUAUGCUCGGCCAGUGUUUCUACGGCUAACUAAAUCAGUUUCUAUGACAGGUACCUUUAAAUUAAAAAAAGUAGAUUUAAAGAAAGAGGGCUUUAACCCGGAAGUGAAAGAUAAAAUAUUUUAUUUAGACUCAAAAUCGGGGCGAUACGAACAAGUGACACCUGCUGUUUAUCACGGAAUCUGUUCGCAUAAAAUACGACUGUGAUUACUGGUUGUUCUAGACUAUUUAUAUACAUAUAGACUCUCUCUACAUGCCUCUAAAAUUAUAUUCAAAUGUUGCUGGGAUUAUUGGUUGUUCAAGACUAUACAGUAGACUCCAUCAACAUGCCUCUUGAAUCAAAUGCUUCGUUGAAUACUGGUUGUUUUGGAAUAUUUGUUAUUUAUAUAGUCUCUGUCUACAUGCUUCUCAAACUAAAAAUAUGUAUCUCCAUGAUGACUGGUUGUUCUAGAUUAUUUAUAAACAUUUAGCCUCUCUCUUCAUGCCUCUCAGCUAACAAUUUGUGUUUGUUCAAAUCUUAUUGGGACUAUUUGUUCAAGACUAUAUAAUAUAAAGAUUAUAAACCUUUGCUAUGGUAGACUCAACCAACAUGCCUCUUGAACAAAAUGGUAUUUUUGGCAUUAAUGACCGUUUAAAAGUAUUAAUAUAAGGGCAUCUUUCAGAAUAUCUGAAAUGUGUGAGAGUGUGUUUCUAGUGUGUUUUUAUUAAUUGUGUGACAGGCUUAUUUUCUUAUUAAAAAAAAGUGUGUUUUUAUAAGUGUGUGAAAUUCAAUGAAAUGAAUGGAGUUUUACGUAGCUAAUGAAGACAGACGACACCAUACAGUGAGCAAUGAGAGAAAUUUUGCCAGGACAGCAACAUUAGCCUACUGUAAUUUGAUGUCAACUUUCAUGGGAUCUGUAGCACACAGGGCCUCGGUUUAACGCCCUAUCCGAACGACUAGAGGUUUUCCAUGUCAGUGAGUCAGGGAUCUUUAAUGUGUACAGCCUGUAGCACACAGGGACCUCAGUAUAUGUGUGUCAACUGUCAAGGGAUCUUGAACGUGCAUGGCCUGUAGCACACGAGGCCUCGAUUGGUUUAAGUGUGUCAAGGCUAGUUGAAUGAAUUAUUGCUACUAAACCAACACUUAAAGAUGUAACUAUGCAAACCAUGUUUUGAAGAUAACCUUCAUGUUUCUAGGUUAUGUUCAGUUUUUAUGAUGUAAAAAUGAUACGUUGCUUGUUUAACAAGAAAUGGACAUAGCUACCAACAACAUCAUUCCAUUACUUAAAAAUUUGAGUUAUAACAUGUUUCAGGUUCUGUUUUAAUAUCAAUAUUGUGGUUAGUAUGGUAUUUCUAAAUGUAAAAUUCAACACUUCCUUUAAAAAUGAAAAUUCAUAUCCUAAGAUUUUUUGAGGAACAGGCCCUGAUCUACCCACCAUUACAAUAUACAGUAUAUCUGUAUGAAAGGUUAUUAAUGUUGAUUGUGUAUAUGCUAAUAUUAAAAAUAUAUUCUAUGCUCUGA